UGUUUUUAUGCUAAUAUUUUCUUUCACAAACUGCGGCUCUUUUGUCAACGCUCAGGUUUAUAUCGGAGGGAAUCAUGACCACAUUUAUCUCUGGUUGAGGAAGCUGCCGUGUUCCUGAAGAGCCUCUUGAGAUCGUCUAAGCCUCUGCUAUGAGUUGUUUGGAUGUUAUGUAUCAUCAGAGUUAUGGAGCUCAUCACUACCUGCCCGCGACAUCAGCAGCAGCGGCUUACAAAGCGGCAUAUCACCAGCACCAGCACCAGCAGCAGCAGCAGCAGAAGAAGUUCAGUGCCUACAGCAGGAUGCAGGAUUCUGGGGAGUUUCCCUCUGACUGUGGCCAGAGUAAGCAGUCUGGAGCGCUGAAGCCACGUCCUGAGCCUGAGCUUCCACGAGAGGAGGAGCAGAGCGCUGGCGAAGAGGAGCGCUGCAAGGAGACGCAGCCCACCGAGGCCGAGUACGUGAGUGCCAGGUGUGUGGUGUUCACCUAUUUCCGUGGAGACAUCGGGGAUGUGGUGGACGAGCAUUUCUCACGUGCGUUGAGCCAGCCCAGCGCCUUCAGCAAUGAUGCCAAGACCGGCAGAUUUCACUCUGGAGGACCAUGGAAAGAAGGAAACUCCCACUCUGAGGGUCAACCUUUACCGUCGUCCCUGUGGGGUAGCGGCUACCCAUCUCAGACCUCCUCUCACCCUGACUUCCCCCACACCGCUGCCUUCCACCCAGCAGACACUGGCAUCUGGAGCAGCCACAGCCUAGCGCAGACCAGCCUGCCCCCUCCUUCUGCUCUUACUGACUCUUGGCACUACGGCCUGGGAGCCCAGGGUGGAGCGGGAUACCCUCACGUACACGAGAUGUACCCUCACAUGCACCCCCGCCACCCGCAUGCGCAUUCCCACGCCCACCACGUGCUCCAUCACACCCACAGCCCCGCUCUGGACCCCCGCUUCAGCCCGCUUCUGCUACCCGGUGUAAGAGCAUCUUGCAGCCCGGCGUCCUGCGCAGACGGAAUCAAAACAGAGCUGGAACCGAGUAGCAUCACAAGCUGGCCCGCUUCUUUCCAUGGGUCAGUGGACAUCUAUCAUGAUACAGCGCUUGAGCAAGGCAAAGCGAAGGCCAGUGUUUGGUUCUGAGACAGAGAAGAUUCACUGGACUCCAUGCCUGAGACUGGACCACUUCUGCAGCUGAGGCCCACAGCACUGCGUGUGGAUUCCUUCCUCACAGGACUUUCAUGGGAACUAUUCAGGGGAACAUCAGUCUCUAUCAGCGAGACAAGCACAAAAACAGCUUUGGGGAAAACUAGUGUUUUUGUAAAGCAUACAAUCCUGUCUUGAGUUUGUGCCUUUAAUAUGUGCUCAUGGACAGAGAUCCACUUCAGGACGCUUCUGUAAAGGACGCCACAAACCCCAAAUGAGGCUUAAGAGGUAGAUCUCCCUCUUUCUCUACACAAAGGAGGUUUUCGCGACACGAACUGCGUUUAUGUACUUACCACAGGUUCUGUUGAAAGAACUGAUUGUAUUAGU